GCAUUUUUGAAUAGCAUCAAAGGAAUUUAAAUUAUGUGUGAACGAGUCAAUAUAACUGUCAAUUAUCCAAGGGAUAAGUGUGUAAAACCAUUUAAUGAUGUGUGUUUUCUUGGAACCCGAUUUGGACUUCUUGUGUGCGCUAUUUGUGUCAUUAACACGUGUGUUCAGUAAGACAUCUAUAAUAAUAAUAAUAAUAACAAUCAAUAAUAACAAUCUAGAGCGACCAGCAUAAAGUCAAUCCACUGCAGGGAGAAGAGGUGUGAGGCCUGAAUUAACUGCUCACAAACCGCUUUCCUAAAGAAAAUUCCACAUUGAAGCUACAUUGUCAAUAUUUUUGGUCCAAUGAAAUUAUGUGAAACCAUUGAUUUCAUGAUUAUUUCAUUAGGCUUACAUACAUUUAAUUUAGGCCUACUUAUGCCUAUUUCGUCUGAAAGGGAAUUAGGGAAAUUCUGUACCAGAAAUAAUCUGUAGGCGACAAUGGAAUGGAAUGGCAAUAUCUCUCAAUAAGCGUAUCGGAAGAUCAUCUGAUCAUUGAUCAAAUCUGUGUUCUAUGCAGAGGGAAAUGCGUUCUAUGCAGAGAUUCAUGUUUCCUAUGAUGCCUUUUCCCGACGCGCGGCACUGACUUCCGGCCCUAUCCUCCUCCUUUUAUACUAUCCACUUACCCCCGUAUCCUCUUCUACUAUCCUCUUCUAGAUACCCCAUUAUCCUCUUCUAGAGACCCUCUUAUCCUGAGAGAGAGAGGGUAGUCCUCCACACAGACCACAGGACAACACAGCGAUGCGCAAUUCUACCGCUGCGCACGUCAUUUAUCUGGGCCAAGACUCAAAGCAACCUCAUCAAUGUGAUGCAGGGUUAGGGGAUUAGAGACUCGGAGGGCCUAUAGGGGGGUUGGGCCGCACCAGCCAACAACAACACCUGGACGGGAUGGUGGGCGUGAGUAACAACCCCGCUAUAAGUGACACACUUCCAGUCGAGCCCUCGUAUCAUUCUCAGCAGGUCCGGAGAAGAGACACACAGUGGAUAUUUAAACUUUGAUGGCUCUCUUCAUGGAAUCCAACUCCUCAUUACUCAACUGCAAGCACAAAGAAUUGGAGUUGAAUGGGUUAUUUGGAGAAAAUAAAGAGCCACAAUACUCAGGCUGCAUGGAGGGCCAGAGGAAGCGCAAAAGGACAAUCUUCAGCCGAGUACAGCUGUCCGAGCUCGAGCAGGCGUUCGCUGUGACUCCGUACCCAGACAUCACCCUGCGCGAGCGCCUGGCCGAGCACACACACCUGCCUGAGAGCAAGAUACAGGUGUGGUUCCAGAACCGAAGAGCCAGAAGUAUCAAGACUGUCAGGCUCCCAAAGUCGUCCAAAACCAUCCUGGGUGCUAGGGGAGAUCCAGAGACCAAUCAGCACAGAAUCCAAUUGCUCUCCCCUGGACAGACCACCUCCUCUACCUCCACCUUUCACACCGCCAACACCAUCGGUGGCCUAUUUCGUUCCGAGCAGAAUCAGUCCUUGGAUGAAGGUCAACAGAUGUUCUCCGACUGGCUCCAGCUCUGCAGCAACUCUGGCUUCUGCUCCUCGUCUUCACCAGCCCCCCAUCCCCACCACCACCCCCCCCCCCCCCAUCACCAUCCAAACCAUCAACCCCCACCCCAUGACCACCCCCACCCUCCCCAGUCUCCAUAUAAACUCUCUGGGACGCUUUUCUGGGAGGAGGACCCUCAGAGUAAGUUGAACCACAUGGGCAACUUCCCCGUCUCCCUCUCUGGUCUCAUCCCACAGCACCAAAGCAGGCCACCCCACCAUCACCACACCUCAACCUCCCAGAGCCACAGGCCUGAGGGCUCGGGCGUCAAACCCCCACCUGUGCUUCCAGGGCAGGCCGGAGAUCAGUCCAUCUUUGGAGGACUCACCAGAGGCUGCAGGGGCCAUAGGUCAGUGGACCAAGUGGUACCGUCCCACCCUCAGCAGGUGUACUGGGACGGAUCCCAGGGACUCAGCCACCACCACCACCAUCACCACCACCCACAGACGGGGCCUCAGACUUCUAUGGGCUAUAUCUCAGACCUCAUUUACAACGCUGCUAUUGUCACCAACUUCCUGGAGUUUUGAGUAGAACUUAAUAUCCAAAUAGUUAAAUCAUGUAGAUAACUACGUUGGACUUAAUGGCUUUAGCAACAGAAAGAGAAGAAGAGCUGAACCAUGCCGUAAGAUUAUUAUCCAAGUGACUUUUUUGUGAAUUUCCCACAACCAUUUCUUGUAUGGUUAAAAUGUUGUCUAAUUCCAUCGAUACUUUGUUGACUGUUGUGUUAUGUACUCAUUUCUAAGGAAUAAAUGUAUUUGAUGUUUGGACCAUA